AUGCCAAAGAAGAAGAGUCCGCCGAAGAAGUCAGGAGGGGAUGUUGAAGACAAAAAGGCCCAAGAAGAUGUGUACAUAUUAAUCAAGAAACAAACAAAUAAGAAAGUCGAUGCUAAUAAGACAAAAGGCGAUUUUGUGGUAGUUGCUCAAAUUGAUGAUGGAAUGCCAGGCAAUGGGCCAUUUCCACAAGUCAUCUCCUUCCUUUGGGUACUUUUCGGUUGGCACAAAGUUGGGGAAGAUGAAAAACCCGCGAUGGGAUUUCUCUGUUUCUUGCGGGCAAACAGAAUCAUCAUCGAUCAAUUGCCGUGUGCACCACAAAAUGUUCCAUUUCUAAUUGAUUGCCUCACUAAAUGCACUCUUUCUUCUUCUUUCCUCCAGGUAUCAGCCACAGAUCCAGAUUGUGGCGUCAAUGCCAUGGUGAACUAUACUUUGGGCAGUGGAUUCAGGAAGUUGAGGGAGUUUGAGGUGAAAUCUGCCACAGGUGAGGUCUGCAUUUCCGGUGAUUUGGACUAUGAAUUGCGGACUUCUUAUGAAUUUCCCAUCAUUGCUACGGAUCGAGGCGGUCUCAGUACCACGGCAAUGGUCAAGAUUCAGCUGACGGAUGUCAAUGACAACCGACCGACAUUCUAUCCCCGGGAAUACAAUGUAUCACUGAGGGAACCUCUACCAUCGAGUUCUUCGGCUAGUCCAGUUGUUGCUGUAGUGGCCACAGAUCCAGAUUCUGGGAGAUUUGGGGUUGUAACAUAUAGGAUAGUGGGUGGAAAUGAGGCGGGAAUUUUUCGGAUUGACAGGAUAUCGGGAGAAAUUUUCCUGGCCCGACCGACAAUGCUAUCGAGCAGAGUACAACCCUACCAUCGUCUGAAUAUCUCAGCCAGUGAUGGUGGAGGUCUGAGGACCAGUCAAGAUGCCGAAGUGUUCAUUAGCGUGAUUGAUUCAGCACAGAGACCGCCGAUCUUUGAGAAACCCCGAUAUAACUACUACGUCAAAGAGGAUGUUAAGAGGGGCACUGUCGUGGGAGCUGUUUUGGCCACAAGCAGUGAUUCAGGGAGUCGUGGUGCUGUGCGAUACUCAAUCUACUCUGGUGAUCCUGAUGGAUAUUUCAGCAUUGAUCCCAUGUCAGGAAAUAUUCGGAUAGCCAGUCCACUAGAUCAUGAGACAAAGGUGCAGGUUCUGCUAAAUAUCCAGGCCACGAGUGGAGAUCCUCCAGCAUACGGACACACUCAGGUCAACAUUGACAUCGAAGACGUGAACGACAAUCCGCCAGAAUUUGAGUCCAGCACAGUUAGGAUUUCUGUUCCGGAAAAUGUUGAACUGGGAACACCACUGUAUGUGGCCAAUGCUCAUGACCGAGACUCCGGGAAGAGUGGUGUUGUCACGUACCGUCUGUCUAACAUUGGUGGUGGAGGAGAUUCUACCCAAGAUUCUUCCUCACAAUCAACAGCAAACCUCUUUAGCAUUGACUCACGCACGGGCCACCUUACACUCUCCCGGCAUCUGGAUUAUGAGACUACUCAGAGACAUUCUCUCAUUGUGACUGCCACGGAUUCUGGAGAGCCUCCACUGGCGGCAAAUCUCACGGUGCUGGUGGAAGUGCAAGAUGUCAAUGACAAUCCACCCGUGUUCGAGCGCAACGAAUACGCCGUUAAAGUGUCCGAAUCGACACCAAUCAAUUCUCAGAUAUUGCAGGUCACAGCCGUUGACCUGGACACUGGGAACAACGCACGACUCACAUACCGUAUUGUUGGUGGCGGUGGCGGUGAUCAGAUUGCACAUUUGGCGAACAAAACGACUGCCCCACGAUACGCUGAGGAUGUGAGUGAGGUAUUUGGGAUCUUUCCCAACAGCGGAUGGCUCUACUUGCACCGUAUGCUGGAUCGUGAAACACGUGAUCGCUAUGAGAUAACUGUUGUGGCAACUGAUAACGGUACACCCGCCGCCACGGCUACAACACGUGUCAUUGUCAAUGUCCUGGAUGCCAAUGACAACGAUCCGCGCUUCUCACGUGACAACUAUGAAUUCAGCGUGGAGGAGAAUAUGCGUCGGGGUGCCAUUGUUGGUGUACUGGCCGCCACAGAUGCUGACUUGGAUGCAAAUGCUGCCAUCAGAUAUACACUCAUACCGAGCAAUACCAGCUUCCAAGUCAAUCCCAUGACAGGGGAAAUCAUAACUCGUGAACCCCUUGAUCGAGAAACAAGAUCCUCAUACGAUCUAGUUGCUGAAGCCAGGGAUCAAGGAACUCCCUAUCGCAGCAGUCGAGUCUCAGUACGAGUCCUCGUGACUGAUGUUAAUGACAAUGCUCCGGAUAUCGUAGAUCCACAAGAAGAUGUAGUGAGUGUUCGUGAAGAACAACCUCCUGGGACGGAGGUAGUUCGGAUCCGGGCUGUUGACCGUGACAAUGGAUACAACGCUUCUGUAACGUACUCAAUUCUCAAAGGUCGGGAUUCAGAUGGAUUUGGCCUUUUCUCAAUUGAUCCGAUGACAGGUUUGAUCAAAACCCGAAUGUCUUUGGACCAUGAAGAAAGGAGCAUCUACCGCUUAGCCGUGGCUGCAACGGAUGGAGGGAAGCCUCCCAAACAGACAGUGCGACUUUUAAGAGUUGAAGUAUUGGAUUUAAAUGACAAUCGUCCUACAUUCACAAGUUCCAGUCUUGUGUUCAAGGUUCGCGAAGAUGUUGCUGUGGGUCACGUUGUGGGCUCCGUUAGUGGCUCUGAUCAUUCUGACUCCGAUAAUCUCAUCAGCGGCAAUAGCCUCCAUAUCACGUACACCCUAACAUCCAUAACGUCUGAUGUUGUGGAGGGAGCCUUUGACAUGGAUCGCAAUACGGGAUCCCUGAUUGUCACGCGGAAAUUGGACCGUGAGCAGCAGAGUGAAUACCGUCUGGAGAUCAGAGCACUUGAUACAAGUGCCUCUAACAAUCCCCAGAGCUCAGCAGUUACCGUUCGUGUGGAUAUUGUUGAUGUGAAUGACAACAGUCCAGUCUGGCCAAUGGAUCCCAUUACCAUUGAGAUCGGAGAGAAUGCCAAUGUAGGAUCUGUUGUCUACAACUUCUCAGCUCAUGAUUCCGAUGCUGGUGUUAAUGGCGAAAUCCAGUAUCAUCUAGUUAAACAUUCACCUGGCGAAGAUGGAACCUUUGAACUUGAUCCAUUAACUGGGAGUCUAACCCUCCUAACACCGCUUGACUAUGAGUUUCGUCGAGACUUCCUCUUAGUAAUUCAAGCCACAGAUCAAGCUACAAUCACUUCCGAUCGCAGAAAUACUUCAGUAACUGCUCGAAUUGUCGUAACUGAUAUAAAUGACAACGCUCCUAACUUUGUCCUCCCAUCAACUGAUGGCGAAGUAGUCUACCUAAGCGAUGCUGCAACCGUAGGCCAAAUAGUAACACAUAUUGUUGCUGUAGAUGCAGAUAGUGGUGACAAUGGCCGAGUUAUCUAUAGCAUAGUAACUGGGAACGAAGAUGGACGUUUCAGUAUUGAUGCCGAGUCCGGAUAUAUCGUUCUGGCUAAGCCAAUUAUCGGUCAUCAGGCUUCAGCAAGGCAAUUACAUCAUGCAACGGGUGGUAGGAGUGCUGGAAAAUACAAUAUCAUUGUUAGUGCGACAGACAGAGGGUCUCCAGUACCAAAAGAAACUCGUCGAACGAUGCAAAUUGUUAUUCAAGGAUCGACUAACAAUCCACCUCGCUUCCUAGAACCUGUGUACCAUGUGAAUGUUUCAGAGAAUAUCCCUUCAGGGAGCUUUGUUAUUCGCGUGGGAGCCAAGUCUUUUCAACCAGAUAAUGGUGGUAAUUUAACCUUUGAAAUCCCAACGGGAGUAGCUGAUGAUCACUUUGUGGUGGAUCCCAUAAGAGGAAUUGUGACAACAAGAGGUGCUUUUGAUCGGGAAUCGAAGGAUAUGUACACAGUUCCGAUUUACGUGAAAGAGUCCAGUUUCUCAUCAGCCAAAAUGAAGACAUCCAUCAGCCCAAAGGUGGCCACCACUUGGCAAUUCGAUGUUGCCACCAUCGUGGUGAGGGUAACCGAUGUCAAUGAUCAUGCUCCAGAGUUCCGUCCUGGAUCGUGUUACCCACUGAGAGUGCCCGAAAAUAGCGAUUUGGCCGUCAUCCAUACAGUCGUGGCCACUGAUAUGGACGAAGGACUCAAUGGAGAUAUCAUUUACAGCAUUACAGGUGGAAAUAUCGGUAACAAAUUCAGCAUUGACAUGCAUACUGGUGAAUUAACAGCCCGUCCAUUGGAUCGCGAAGCCCAGUCGCGGUACACAAUUCAAGUGACUGCCCAAGAUCGUGGUUCACCGAUCACAUAUCAUGGUACAUGCAAUAUAUCAAUAGCUGUUGAGGACCAAAAUGACAAUGAUCCACGAUUUGAAUUGUCGAAAUAUAUUGCAACGAUUGCCGAAGAUGUGCCAAUCGGCACAUCAGUACUCACCGUAAGGGCCACGGAUGCAGAUUUGGGCAUCAAUUCUCGAAUUGUCUACUCCCUGGCCAAUGAGACACAGUGGCUGUUCAGCAUUGACAAUCGGAGUGGACUUAUAACGACGGCUGGGCUUUUUGAUCGUGAAAAAGAAAAUGUAUACAACUUCAUGGUUGUGGCUACAGAUGGUGGGAAGUACGAUGCAAGAUCCCAAAAGGUUCCCGUUCAGAUCAUAAUCGAUGACGUCAAUGACAAUAAGCCCGUAUUCGAGAAGUAUCCUUUUAAGGGUCACGUUGCAGCCCUGGUACAACCGGGUCAGACUCUACUGCAAGUCUCUGCAACGGACGAAGAUCAGGGAACUAAUGGUGAGAUCGUGUAUAGUCUCAUCAAUGAUUCAACCAAUGGCAAGUUCAGAAUAAAUCCAAAUACGGGCUCACUGAGCGCUACCCAGAGUCUAGCGAGUGAAAACGGAAAGCUUCUGCAUCUGGAAGUUAUUGCUCGGGACAAAGGUAAUCCCCCUCAGACUGCCAUUGGAUUGAUUGAGCUGCAAGUUGGAGAUAUCCCACCAGGAACUCCUCACUUGCGCUUCCAAAAUGAUACUUAUGUAGUGAGGUUGCCAGAAAAUGGAGUUUCAGGGCAGUCUGUUGUCCAGUUGAAUGCUGUUCGGAGUGAUGGUCGUCGUCAGAGAAUUAUCUAUAGUAUAGGGAGUGGUAAUGAAGAUGGGGCCUUUACAAUUGAUGCCGCAACGGACGAAAUUAAAAUCCACAAUGCAGAUCGGUUGGAUUUUGAAAGAUAUCCCAAAGGUUUGAAGUUGAUUGCAGUGGCGAGAACUGAGGGAAACCCAGUCCUGUAUGGGUACUGCGAAGUUAGGGUACUACUUGUUGAUGAGAACGACAACGCCCCAAGGUUUACGCAGCAUCAGUACUCAGCUGCAGUGUGGGAGGGAAACAACAAGGGUACUUUUGUUAUGCAAGUAUCAGCCUAUGAUGCCGAUCAAGGAUCCAACUCACGGAUCCUCUACCACAUUGUUGAUGGCAAUCACGACAAUGCCUUCAUCAUUGAGCCGGCUUUUAGUGGAAUCGUAAAGACAAAUAUCGUGCUGGAUCGUGAGAUUAGAGACAUGUAUCGGUUGAAAGUGAUUGCAACGGACGAAGGUGUUCCACAGAUGACCGGAACAACGACAAUUCAGGUGCACAUCGUUGAUGUGAAUGACAAUCAACCCACAUUUCCACCUCACAGUAUCAUCAGUGUGAGCGAAGGAAUUGAAUUGGGUACAGUCUUGACGUCCAUCACGGCCAAUGAUGUAGACACCAAUCCCGCACUGACUUACACCUUUGUGGACGAAGCUUCCGAUCCCGAUGCCACCAGCAUUUUUGCCAUCGACAGAUUCAGUGGCAAAGUGAUCCUGCGCCAGAGGCUGGACUAUGAAACACGACAGGAGUACCAAUUGAAGAUCAGUGCAUCCGACACAUCACACCUGGCUCAAACAACCCUCACGAUUCGUGUCACUGAUCAGAAUGACAAUGCGCCCAUCUUCCAGCAGCCAGCCUAUCACACUAUAUUGCCUGACGAAGUCAACAAUGCCGAAUUGGAAAUACUCACGGUUAACGCCACAGAUGCAGACAGUGAGGUCAACGCUAAGAUCAGAUACUCCAUUGUUAAACCAAUAUCUGGCUUCAGGAUUGGGGAAUCUUCAGGAAUUCUCUAUGCUAACACCUCACGCAUCCCUAAGCCUUUGAGAGAAGAUAUCCAACUCACAGUUGCAGCUACGGAUUCAGGAAAUGUACCCCUAAUGACUACAACAACUGUCCGCAUCCACGUCAAUUCCAAUUCUCACGCAAAACCGCAGUUUAUGCAGAAUCAAUACAGAGCGACUAUUAAAGAAGACAUCCCUCGAGGUUCAGUAGUCAUUCGGCUUUCACCGCCUGACCUCCUCGAGACCGAAGCUCAGAGUCUUAUGAAUCUUGAAAUUGUGUCCGGAAAUGAUAAUGGAACUUUCGAGAUUACAAAUCCUGGAGCAACAAUCAUAACUGUAAAGUCCCUAGAUCGGGAAGUUACGGAUCUGUACCAUUUGAGACUCAUGAUGAGUGAGAGGGGAAUGCCAACCAGGAAAGAUGACAAUUCUACAGCCAUCAAUGUCUUCAUAACAGUCGAUGAUGCCAAUGACAAUGCUCCGUUGUUCCAGGCUGCGACUUACGAAGCAACUAUUAGCGAAGCUGCAACCCUCAGGCAUUCAAUUGCAAAAAUUCAGGCUCUCGAUGCAGACCUCGAGAGUUCUCCCAACUCAGAAGUUGUCUAUGACAUUACAAGUGGAAAUGAUUCGGGAAUGUUUACCAUAGAUUUGGUAUCUGGUGUUCUAUUUGUCAACAAUGAAUUGGAUUAUGAUUCUGGGGAUUCAGAAUUCAAUUUAGUCAUACGGGCUUGUGAUAGUGCAACAAAACCCAUGUGCAGUCUUCAGCCCUUCCAUAUUCAACUAACAGACGAGAAUGACAAUGAACCCAAGUUCCCGGUAUCUGAAUAUCUUGAGUUUGUCGGAGAGAACGAACCAGUAGGGGUAUCAGUUUUUACAGCAAGAGCAACAGACAUGGAUAAGGGUGUCUUUGGUCAAAUGAACUACACAAUUGUUUCAUCAGCUGCAUCUGGAUACUCUGAUGUUGAUGAAUCAUGGAAACUGUUUAAAGUAGACCCAGAAACCGGGGUAGUCAAUACUAAUGCUGUGUUUGACUAUGAACAAAAGAAUCGGUAUACUUUUACGAUAAAAGCCCGGGAUAUUGGAGGAAAAACUGCGAGUGUUAGAGUAAGGGUGAUGAUUGAGAGUCGAGAUGAAUUCAGUCCUCAAUUCACAGAGCGAACUUAUCGAUUUGUUCUGGCAACUCCAUCUUCUGGGCAUCUUCCUGUUGGAUAUGUUGUUGGUCAUGUAACGGCUACUGACAGGGAUAAAGGUCCAGAUGGACGGGUUGUUUAUCAACUCUCCACUCAACAUCCCUAUUUCAAAAUGAACAGGACAACCGGGGCAGUAAUGGUGAAGAAAAAACUGGAUAAUGCUGCUGCUACACUGGAAGCCGGACGAGAUAUCAGUUUAGUGGUCACAGCCAGUUCCGGUAGGCAGGGUUCACUGACCAAUAUGACAGUUGUGGAAAUUGCUCUGGAUCCAUUAGGUGAUCCUGGAACGAAUAUUGCCUCAGCAACAGGUUCUGGUUCUGGCUCAGGAAGCAGUGGUUUGGCUGAUUGGGCUCUUGGGCUUCUAAUCUCUCUGAUCCUGGUGAUUCUAUCAUUUGCAGCAGUAUUUGUCUUUCUUCAUAUGCGCAAUAGAAGGCAUAAGCAAGUAACCAAACCCAGUUUGAGUGCAGAAACCGUUGGGAAUAGCAAUUCAUACGUUGACCCAUCGGCUUUUGACACCAUCCCGAUUAGGGGCAAUGCAAGUGGAGUCAGUGGUACUGGACAGUUUGCUCCACCGAAAUAUGACGAGAUACCCCCUUAUGGGCCCCAUACUGGCAGUUCGAAUUCCGGGGCCCCAACAACAUCUGAACUAUCGGGUUCUGAACAGUCUGGUUCCAGUGGCAGAGGAAGUGCAGAGGAUGGAGAUGAUGGUGAAGAUGAGGAGAUUAGAAUGAUCAACGAAGGUCCACUGCAGAGAGAUACAGGCCUGCACAGGGGCAAUGAUGAUGGGAGAUUGUCAGGAAUCUCAGUGCAAAAUACCCAAGAAUACCUGGCAAGGUUAGGAAUUGUCGAUAAUCCAGGGACAACUGGGGCAGGUUCAACGUCUUCAAGACACUGCUCGGAAAGUAUAGGUCCGGGAAGUGCUAAGGAUGCCAUUCUCCAUCAUACCUUGCCCAUUGACAGUCUCCACAAUAUGUUCGAUGAGGAACCUGGAGGAGAGUCUGAUAUCACGAACCUCAUCUAUGCUAAGCUCAAUGAUGUUGCUGGAGGAAGUGACAGGGCUAGCAGUGCUGACGAAGCUGCAACAACUGCUGGAAGUAUAGGAGCAGCCGUAGACCACGUGAUGGUAAUGGGAGGCUUUGGAGAUGGGCCAGUUGUAGGUGGUGGAAAUACCGGGCCGAGUAUGAAUGGGUCCCUGAGUUCAAUUGUACAUAGUGAGGAAGAACUCACGGGUAGCUACAACUGGGAUUAUUUGCUAGACUGGGGACCUCAGUAUCAGCCAUUAGCGCAUGUAUUCAGUGAAAUUGCUAGGCUGAAAGAUGACACACUGUCUGUGCACAGUGGGAAUAGUGGAGCAAGCAGUGCUAAGAGUAAAGGUUCCCUUCAGCAUGCAGUUAAGCACAUUCCGCCUCCACUGUUGACCAAUGUGGCACCUAGAACUAUCAAUGCCAUGCCAGUACUUCCAAAUCGAGGUCCUGGACACCAUUCAGCAUUGACGGCACAUCAGUAUCUCCUGCCAAGGUCACCGAUCAGUCAUGAUGCUCCCGGAGGUGGAUUUAGUACAUCCUCAGCCAUGUCUCCGAGCUUCUCGCCGUCCUUGAGUCCCUUGGCCACGAGAUCACCCAGCAUCUCACCCCAUGUCAAUUCGGGACUCUCAACAUCACAUCACAUGGUCUCCCUGCCGCGACAUCAACCACAGCCAAUUCAGAGGAAGACACUCGAUCCGGAGAUGAGGGUACGGAUCUGAUUUACCCGGUGAGUGUUUCCCAAACACCGUAAUAGGCUGUGUUCCCGAAUUAGACGCCAGGGAGUUAUUCUCUCCCCAAAUUAUAAGUCUUGUGUUUCAGCAAGAUCUGUGUCAAGUUUGUGUAAGAAUUUAGAUAGGAUCUUAGAAUAAUCGAUGGGCAAGGGUCAUGCUAGAGCAGGACCAGUGUAUAGGAACAAAUUGCAGAGUGACAUACAAUGUAACUUUAUUUAUUAGUCAGUUGAAAACCCUAAGCCCAUAAGUGUUUAGUUAAAGCAAAAAUACUAAAAAACAAAAAUGGUCAUAGUCUUUUUAGGUGUGUAAAUAACAAUGUGCCUUCACUAAGUGUUUAAGUUAAUUAGGUCCUCCCUCCCCAAAACAAACUAGGAUUCAAAUUAAUUUGUAUUGUAUAUAGAAACAUCUAAGGAAUUGUUGAAGAUAUCUUCAAUCGAGUAACUUAAUUGAGUAUUAUCUGAAAGGGAAUAUUUGUAAAAAAAAUUAAAAUAAAAUUAAAAUAAAUAAAUUGUAGAACUGAAAUAAGACUGUGUAAAGCGUAUUUGAAACGCCAUAAUCUUUGUAAAUUUCACUCCCAAGUAUUGUUAAUUCAGCGAAAGUUUGUGUUGGUGUAAAGAAGAUACUCCGGAGAUGUAUUAAUCAAUUGUAAUUCCAAUUAAAUGAGCGGGAUUUUAGCAGUUUUGAAACAAAAUAAAAGAAAAAAAUUAAAGCAGAGAUGAGAUCUAUUUCAAUCGGCAAAUAAGUGUCUUCAUUUGAAAUCACGGCCAGUAGUUGACUCUCUCUGAAUUACACAAAAAACGAAAAUUGCUUUGAAAAAAUAAAAUAGAAAAAAAAUGUGAAUAAACUUUUGUUAAAGACAGAAAUCCCGGGGAAAAAAGUGUAGUUGAAAUGAAAAUAAAAUUGUAAAAUUAA